GGAAAUCAAAAUCAGAGACUUUGCACUCAAAGCUGAUGACGACAUAUGUAGCAACAUCCUUCUCGCUAAACACAGAGCGAUACGCCCUAACAACAAAAAGAUAAUGAAGAAGAUCCUGGGAGGGCUGAAUGAUUACAUGUGUUUUAGGGCGUCGUCUCACAGAGAAAACAAUAAUAAUAAUAAUAAUAAUAAUGCUUCUCAGGAACUCCUUCAAACCUUGCAAGAAGCAGCUGAAAUUGCAGCAGAGUUGUUGAUGAUUAUCAACAAAGAAAAAGGGCAUCGGGCAGAGAGAGAGAGAUGAUUUGUAAUGCUUUAACUUCUCUCAGGGGAACAAUUCAUGAGGUAGAGUUUCUUCAUGACAAAGCGGAAAUCAAAUCUUUCUUUGAAAAGCUUUCUUCUUUGCAAACCUUUCUCGAGGAGGAAUCUAGUGCUAUGACCAAAGAUUUGAAAACCAAAAUCAUAGAUUUUGCACUCAAAGCUGAAGACCUCCAAAUACAACUAAGCAACUUUUUUCAAUCCAAACACACAACAUCGUCUCAAGAAAAAGCUUCCAAGGGAUUACUGCAUCAAGACUUGCAAGAGGCAACAGAAAAUGCAACAGAGUUGUUAAAGAUUAUAACCAAAGGAAAAGAGUACCAUGAAAGUGCGAGAGAGAUGGCAAGUGAUACUUUAACUAUUUUCAUGAAAAAAUUUGAUUACUACUUUUUACAAUCCAACCCGGUAGUGUUUCUUGAUGAUGAAGCAGCAAAGAUAUCUUUCUUUGAAAAGCUUUCUUCUAUGCAAGCCUUACUGCAGGAGGAGUCUAGUGCUGGUGGUGCUAUUAUCAAUGAUUUGAAAACUGAAAUCAUAAACUUUGUACUCAAGGCCGAAGAUGACAUUGAUACACAAGUAAACAAUUUACUUGAGGCCGAAGACACAGAAGAUUAUCAACAAAAAGCUUCCCAACUCAAUCAAACCUUGCAAGGAGCAACAGAAAAUGCAGAAGGGUUCUUAAUGAUUAUCAACAGCAAAAAAGAGUGUGAUGAUGAGAUAGAGGAAAUGGCUUGUGAUGCUUUAAGUAGUCUCAUGGAAACAAUUCAGCAGGGGUUUCAUGAUGAUGAAACAGUAAUAAAAUCUUUGCUUGAAAAGAUUUCUUCUUUGCAAGCCUUUUUGAAAAAGAAGUCUAGUGGUGGUGGUGGUGUGACAGAUUUGGAAGCUAAAAUCAAAAACUUUGCAAUCAAAGCUGGAGAUGACAUCAAAAUACAAAUAAACAACUUUCUUCAAGCCAAACACACUGAGCAUGAAGAAGAAGCUUCCCAGCAACUCCGGCAAACCUUGCAAGAAGCAGCCGAAAUUACAGCAGAGUUGUUGGGGAAUAUCUACAUAGAAGAACAGCAUGAGAAAGAGAGGGAGAGCACUUGUGCUAGUUUAACUUUUCUCAUGUCAAUAGUUAAUAAUUAUGAGUUUGCUUUUGAUAAACCGGGAAUCAAAUUGGAUUUAUUGGUAAAGCUUUCUUCUUUGAAGAACUACUUACUAUUCAAGAAGUCUAGUGGUUGUGCUACAAUCAAUGAUUUCGAAACCAAAAUCGAAAUCUUUGCACUCAAAGCUCUAAAAGACUUGAUGAUGAUAGAGCAUACCCAGCUGAAUCGAACCUUGCAAGAAGUAACAGAAAAUGCAAACGAGUUGUUAAUGAGUGGAAAAUAGACAGAGAUUG